AAUGUCAAUUGAUAUGAGUGCUUCUAUGUAACAUUCAUUUAUGAACAGAGUGUUUAACGUCUGACAGUUCAAGUUCUGGUUUCAAGAAAACAUAUCAAAAUAGAACAGCUACGUUAAAAUAUGUUACCAUUGACAUUCAAUAUCGGCGUACAAUACAUAAAGUGGCAGAGUAAAUUAAACAAUGUACAAACGGUGGAGGAAACAAAAGAGAAUAUCGAAGAUGUUUCAACUAACGGUCAACUCGCCACGGACGAGUGCAGCAACGCUGACACCAUCAGCACAAAAACGAGCAAAGAGGAAAAAAUACAAAUAACUCCAAACGUUUCCUUCGCUACGCUUUUUCGCUUCGCUACCAUAAAAGACAAAAUAUUCAUAUUUAUAGCGAUCCUAUCCUCAAUAGUGUGCGGAUGUAUGACCCCAAUAAAUACUCUUCUGUUUUCUUCUCUGCUCCAAAGUAUGGUUAACUACGGAAUAUCUAUUGUGGUAAAUGACCCUCAACCAGAUAUUAUUUUACGUGAUGUACGAGACUUUGCCAUAUACAAUAGCGUUGUGGGAGCAAUUAUAGUUGUAUGUUCCUAUAUAGCUACAGUGCUUAUGAAUAUAUCUGCAUAUAACCAGGUAUAUAAGAUUCGUCAGGAGUAUCUAAAAGCCGCUUUAAAUCAAGACUUCGAAUACUUCGAUACCCAUCAAACAGGAGAUUUUGCUAGCAAAGUGACGAGUGAUGUCAUAAAACUAGAAGACGGUAUAGGAGAAAAGCUGGCUACGUUCGUAUAUUAUCAAGUGACAUUUUUAAGUUCUGUUAUAAUGGCCCUUGUGAAAGGCUGGAAACUUUGUCUUCUAUGUUUAAUUUCGUUUCCAAUUACCUUAGUUUUAAUAGGAAUUGCGGGCUUUAUGGCAUCAAGAUUGUCUUACAAAGAAGCCGUUGCUUCUGCAAAAGCUGGAUCUGUAGCUGAGGAAGUAUUGUCAUCGAUAAGAACAGUAUUUGCUUUUAGUGGGCAAAAAAAGGAAACUGAAAGAUAUGAAAAACACCUAAUCGAAGCUAGGAGUAUCAAUAUUAAAAAAGGUAUUUUUAACGGAAUUAUAAUGGGCUUCAUUUAUUUCUGCUUGUUCGGUGCUUACUCUCUCUGCUACUGGUUUGGAUAUAAACUAAUAGUUGAUGAACCAGAGACGUACGACGUGGACACGAUGAUGGCUGUAUUAUUCGGUGUUUUAAUGGGUUCAACCAACUUCGGUAUAUCUUCUACUCUCAUGGAUGCUUUUGGAGUCGCACGUGGAGCAGGAACACAAAUCUUUAACUUAAUUGAUAACGUUCCUAAAAUUAAUCCAUCACUCAAUCGUGGGAUUACUCCCAAAAGUAUAGAUGGAGAUAUUGAGUUCAAAAACGUAUUCUUUCAUUACCCUUCUAGACCAGAUGUACCAAUAUUAAAAGGCAUUAAUAUCAGUGUCAAAAAAGGCCAAUCGGUGGCGUUAGUUGGACAUUCAGGCAGUGGCAAGUCCACUAUUAUCCAGCUGAUAUCAAGAAAUUACGAUGUAAUAGAUGGAAAUGUACUAAUUGAUGGGACAAACGUCAAAAAAUUGUCUGUUAGAUGGUUGAGAGCUCAAAUUGGCCUAGUUGGUCAGGAGCCAAUACUUUUCGAUACAACAGUUCGCGAAAAUAUAAGAUACGGCCGUGAGGAUGCUUCAGACCUGGAUAUUGAAGAAGCUGCCAGAGAAGCCAAUGCACACGAAUUUAUCACGAAGCUUCCUUUAGGAUAUGAUACAUUAGUUGGAGAGCGGGGAGCAUCAUUGUCAGGAGGACAAAAACAGAGAAUUGCCAUAGCUCGGGCGCUUGUCCGUAACCCACGGAUAUUAUUGCUAGAUGAAGCAACUAGCGCAUUAGAUACAUCCUCGGAGGCCAAAGUACAGAAGGCCCUAGACAAAGCCCAAGAAGGUCGUACAACGAUCGUUGUAGCGCAUAGACUCUCAACCAUAAGAAAUGUCGACAAAAUCUAUGUUUUUAAAGAAGGGAAUGUGGUAGAAAGUGGAAGUCAUGACGAACUUCUUGCUAAAAAAGGUCACUUUUACGACAUGCUAAUGCUACAAGCUGCACCACAUUUAAACGAGACUGAUCAGGGCACACAAUUGGAACUGUCUGAAUCCGUUCUGAAUGAGAAAGAAGAAGAGCUUGUCGAAAUGAGAGACCAAGAUUGCGAAGAAACACAAGAGGAACCUAAGAUUUCAUUCUUCCAAGUACUUAAACUGAACUCACCAGAAUGGAAGUCAAUCACUGCGGCCAGCGUCUGCGCUAUUCUAAACGGUUUCGCAAUGCCACUUCUAGCAGUUGUUAUGGGAGACUUUAUGGGUGUGCUUUCUAAUAAUGAUCCAGGUUGGGUUAGAGCUGAAGUUAUUAAAUAUGUAUUAAUUUUUUUGGCAAUUGGUAUUUUCUCCGGACUCACAAACUUCGUUACGGUGUUUAUGUAUGGUAUAGCAGGAGAAUAUCUUACUGCCCGUUUGCGUAAACUGUUAUUUGUGCAUAUGCUCCAACAGGAGGUUGCUUUCUUUGAUGAUAAAAAUAACUCAACGGGAGCUCUUUGCGCUCGGUUAUCAGGCGAUGCUGCAUCAGUUCAAGGGGCAACAGGUCAAAGAAUUGGGACAGUGUUGCAGGCUCUUAGUACAUUUAGCGUCGCAUUAGGAAUCUCAUUAUAUUAUGAAUGGCGUUUAGGAUUAGUCGCUUUAUCUUUGGCACCUAUCAUGGGAGCUGUGCUCUACAAGCAAGGGAGAAUGAUAACAGCACAAACUUUUGGAACAGCUAAAACAAUGGAAGACAGUUCCAAGAUAGCCGUAGAAGCGGUGGCGAAUGUUCGCACAGUUGCAUCACUAGGUCGUGAGCAAAUUAUUCUCAAUAACUACGCAACUCAGCUUCUGCCAGCACUAGUGGCUGCAAAACGAACCGCACAUUGGCGAGGUGUGGUCUUUGGGCUCUCUAGAGGGCUUUUUAACUUCGUGUACUCCAUAGCCAUGUUUUAUGGAGGCAAUCUAAUGGUGUAUCAGGGAGUGUCAUAUGAAAUAGUACUCAAGUCAGCUCAAACAUUAUUAAUGGGUUCCACUUCCGCAGCUCAAGCCUUUGCUUUUGCUCCUAAUUUCCAAAAUGGUAUUAAAGCAGCUGCUAGAAUUAUUGUUACAUUGAGAAGACAGUCAAAAAUCGUUGAUCCGGCUAAACCUGCUGUCAAAAACUUUAAAGGUGCAGGCGUAGCAAAUAUUAGAAAUGUUCAAUUUACAUAUCCAACGAGGCCUCUAAUACAAGUACUAAAAAACUGUAGCCUAGAAAUCGAAAAAGGACAAACAAUAGCCCUAGUCGGUUCAAGUGGGUGCGGCAAGAGUACCAUCAUACAGCUGUUAGAAAGAUAUUACGAUCCUGAUGUCGGCACAGUGGAUCAAAGAGGUAUUCCAAUAAGAAAACUCAAAUUGGCAGAUGUGAGACAGUCGAUAGGCUUCGUACAACAAGAACCUAUUCUAUUUGAUCGUACCAUAGAAGAAAAUAUUGCCUACGGCGACAAUUCACGGCAGCCUAGCAUGGAUGAAAUAAUUGAAGCAGCUAAACAAGCUAACAUUCACAGCUUUAUCGUAUCUUUACCGAUGGGUUAUGAGACCAACAUCGGUUCAAAGGGCACCCAGCUUUCUGGAGGACAAAAACAAAGGGUUGCUAUAGCAAGAGCUCUAAUAAGACGACCAAAGAUGUUACUGCUUGAUGAAGCAACUAGUGCUUUGGACACAGAAAGUGAAAAGGUGGUUCAAGCGGCCCUGGAAGCAGCUAAAGCGGGUCGUACGUGUGUCAUGAUCGCUCACCGACUGAGUACGGUGCGUGACGCUGACGUCAUAUGUGUCCUCAACAAUGGAAGUGUCGCAGAGCGAGGAACACACGCGGAGCUGUUAGAACUCAAAGGACUUUAUUACAAUCUGUAUACGAAAGGAAGUGCAUGAUUAUCACCAUCUGUAGCACCUAUUUCUCAUUUCUUGUUUUAUUAGAAGUUAGAUUAUAAGUGAAUAGAGUUAUAUAGGCUUUCUUCUAAACGCUGCUUUUGCUUUUCUUUUUUUUUAGGUAAAAUCAUUACUAAAGAUAAUUAGUUCUUAUUGUUACACAUUAAUUCUAGAACGGAAAAACUGACAACUUCUGUCAAGUAGAAUAACUAUAUCAUUUUCAGUGCUAUAGUAAACACUACAUUUAAGUUACUUUUUUUUGUGGUUAUCCAAAGUUUUAGUACGCUAUAUUUUAGAUCGUUAUAAAAAAAAAAACAAAAAUAAAGAAAUGGAAUUUAUUAUUUUCAAAAUCCAACAGCAUUGAUCUUUAAAGCAAACCUGCUGAGAGAUUUUUGCCAAACUCUAUAGUAUAGUGUUGUUCGAGUCAGUGACGUUUAAUAUUCCAUAAACACCAUUUAUUACCAAGGAGGCUACAUAUUUCUUGACGAUUUUUAAUAACUUUUUAAUAUCAGGGAGAACAAUAAUCAUAAUUGUACUCAAUUGACUAUUGUCAUUUAAGUAAACCUCAUACAAACAUACUUAUUGUAUAUCUAGAGAACAGGAUCUAGACAUAUUUUGUUUAUUAUUAUUUUUUAUUGAUAAGUUAAUUUUUAUUUUAUGUCGUUAUUUUCUUAGACGUCAUAACUUAUUUUAUAGGUAUUGAAUCUGAUCGCUAGGUACCUAAUGGAUCUACCUCCACCAUAUUGCUACAUCAAGUAACAGAUGCUAUUUGUGUAAUAUUUUUUCAAUCUCGUUUUUAUAUAUAUUUAUUGUGUAAGUUACACAAUUUUUUUAUACAAUUUAAUGUAACCAUAUUUGUGAAUCAAUUUGUAUUUCUUUCGUAAAGCAAUCUCAAAGAUACGAUAUUUUGUAUUUUAAUAAAUUUUUCUUUUAAUAAAAA